CCUAGCUAGGCAGGGAGGCAGAGCUGUACGUCUCCUGUGGGCGAUCAAGGCAAAUUUGAAACUGUCCUCCCUUAGCCCACUUGUACUUCCUUCAUUUGAGCAGUUCUAUGUCAGUCGUCGGCUGAGAGGAAAGCGUGGAGAGCGUGGCUCUUCACUUUCACAAGACUGAGAGGAGGUAUGGCGGAGCGGACGUUAGUUAGAAAACAACAGCCAAAGCACAUGAAGCCAAAACAAGAAGGGAGGCGAGUGAAGCUUCACCAGCUGGAAGGCAGCAACUAGCGCGCACGGAAUUCUUUCAAAGUGACAGCCUUUUGAAUUCGUUUAGGAGGACAAAGUUUUUGCGUAGCAUUUUUUCCUUGUUUAUUUCUGUGUUGUACAGCUUUGGACCUGAUACUUUGUAGCUGUCUUUUUUCAUUUUGUGCUUGUCUCCUUGGCGUCGCCAGUGACAUUGAGUCCUUUCUGUUGUUGAUACUUUGUCACUUCAGUCAAAUUUCACUUGAAAGUGUUAUUUCUAAACACAACUCUUUCCCAGCCGUGUCACCGCUUGAGCCCUUUAAUAAUUAAAAAGUGAAUCUGUGGAGUUGGCUUGACGGCAGGAAGCAUGGGAGCCAAACAGAGCAGCCCUGCCGCUAACGGACGGAUGAGGGCUUACUCGGGAUCAGAUCUGCCAUCAAGCACAUCAACUAGUAACGGAAACAGUCGGACUGCAGCCAUGGGUAUGAGAUAUGCGUAUGGCGGCACGGCCCAUGGAGCUUCAGGUGCCAGUGCCACCUCGUCUCACCACAUCAGCUCCCGCACGCGCUCCGUUGGGGGCAGCGGAGGGGGGUCAGCGAUCCGACCCCAGUCUGGGAUCAACAUACCCAACAGCGGAGCAUACAGUUCGCAGGAGUCAGGCAGCAGCACGCCGGAGGAGAGUGGUGGAGACCGCGACAGGCCAGGUGCUGGACACGGGGCCCCCCGGUUGUUGAUUGGAUCGCUACCGGCUCACCUCUCGCCUCAUCUGUUUGGAGGCUUCAAGUGCCCCGUGUGCUCCAAGUUUGUCUCUUCAGAUGAGAUGGACCUGCACCUGGUCAUGUGUCUGACCAAGCCCAGGGUUACCUACAAUGAGGACGUGCUCAGUAAGGAUGCUGGAGAGUGUGCAAUCUGUCUGGAGGAGCUUGUGCAGGGGGACACCAUCGCCCGACUGCCCUGCCUCUGCAUCUACCACAAAGGCUGCAUAGACGAGUGGUUCGAAGUGAACCGCUCGUGUCCAGAGCACCCCUCUGACUGAGGAGCACAGGUCCAGUUCUUCCUGGUGUAGAAAGAGUGAUCUGCUCCUGUAACAGACAGCAAUGUGAAUCCCUUUCCCCUGGCCGACGGCCCUUUGAGACUGCUGGGCACUGUGAUCACAGCCGUUUAACUGGCCGAGGUGGAGUCCGACUCCACCCUCUAUUCCUCUCUUGUGUAGCAAACUCUCUCUAUCCGUCUCUCUCUCUCACACACUCUCUUUCUCUCUCGUCACUGUAAGAACAACCUUCCACCUUCCUCUGUGCCAAAAAAAUUCGUAUUUUCAGGGAAACAAACACACAUACCUGUCUAUGCUGUUGGACUCCUGCUCUCUCUCUCUCUCUCUCUCUCUCUCUCUCUAUCCUUUCUGAUAUAACGUCAUAGGGCCUGGUCAAACUCUGAUCAGAUUGGGCAUCUUAAUGUCUCACUCCCCACUGGAGUGACGUGAAACAUCUCUACUGCACAACAGCUAAUCUGAGAAGAGGACUCAACAAGUCCCCCAUUCACCAUGACAACCACCACCAUCACACCACAGAUCUGAUUUUGUUUUUGUUUUGAAGAGCCACCCUCAGCCGGUCAGAGGCGGGCCUAUCACUGACUUCACCUCAUAGACAGAGCCACUGUGAUUGGCUGCUCUGCCUCUCCCGCUGGACAGCAGAUCUGAGACUUCUCCCGCCUGAUUGUACACCAGGACUGUCACUCAAGAGUGUGGUGUUGAUGGGAAGGGGGUGAGUGGGGGGUGUGUGCAGCAGGGUUGAAGGAGUCGGGUGGGAGGUUUUUCUUCCUCGGUCUCCUCUUCCUCUUCCUCCUCCGCCUCCUCCUUGGUGACACCAGCUGUGUCUGCCAGUGCCUUCAUGUUGGCAUCCACAGGGCUUGAGCUGCUGCUGCUGCUGUGGGUGACCUCUAACCCUUGACCCCUAACCUAGGGCUGGGGUAACUCCUCUAGCGCUUGGGAGGCUGCAGCACAUGCUUGAGCCCAGCCUUUGAGUCAGCCUCUGUCCCACAUUUCCUCUGCGCAGAUGUCAGAGGAGACAGAGUCAUGGCUGAAUGUUAGCCGCCGUCCCCACAGGACUCACCCACCCAUCACAGCCCUCUCUCUCUCUCUCUCUCUCUUUCCUUCCCUUUCUCUGACAUGUGAAGAUUAAUAAGUGCCCCAUCUUCACUUUCACAAGUGAGUAGACAGAAGACAGAUGGUGCCAUCUCUUUCUCUCUCUCUCUCUAUUUCUCUUUUCUCCUGUCUUCCUCCAGCCCAAAAGUUCUCAUGGGAUCUGAACAGACUGUCUCUUAAAGAAAUGUGGGCCUAUGGAGCCCCUGUCCCCUCCACUCUUUCUUUUGCUCUCUUUCCAUAUCUGUUGGAUGGCAAAAUUGUGGUAUUGGAUUGCCUCUCUCUCUCUCUCUCUCUCUCUCUCUCUCUCUCUCUCUCUGUGUCUCUGGCAGGCUUCUCUCUUUCCAGUCACACACCCCUCUGACAUGAUUACCAGGAGUUAUGCAAUCACCUAGCGUGUGUGCGUGUGUGUUUGUUUUUAUAUAGAUAUAUAACAUUAAUUAUACCUAUCUGUUAUACAAGUCGAGCUGAUUUGGGCCUUAAUUCAACAUAGAAUUAUUGAUUUAAUCUCAGAAUCCUCCUUUAUGUUUUGUGUUACAAGGGUCUUAUUCGUGCUGAGCUGUGUGUUAUUUUUGUCCAUUUUAUUGAAACACAAAGUCUUGUAGUGAAUCAAAGGGUACCAUACUCAAUCAAGAAACAAACUGAGUAGUCAACCCAUCAAUCCAUAUACACACUGGUCACUUGCAGCACAAGUUCAGUGAUAUGUCUCUGCCAUUAAAAUGUGCUCAAAUUUAAAGCAAUGAUGAUGCAAUGAGCACUAUCCGACUUUAUUCAUGAUCAAUUGAUGUAAGGUCACCGUUAGGAGACACUGUGUUUGUGCCACGGUACACCAGGUUGCCAUUAUGCACACGCAGCUUGUGAGGCUAAUGAAUGUGGACGAUUCGCUUGAGUGGGUCGCAGAACGUGAUGGCCUCAGCUUCACCCGGGUUCAGUGACCGCAGUGACAUUAUCCAAGCAGUGGUUAAACAAACCGAAGAUAAGAAAAACAGAAGAUAAAGGGUUGCCUUUCUGCCUGAAGAUGUAAAGCAAGUGUCAGAAUGUAGAUUUUGUUUUGGAAGAAAUGGUUAAAUCAAUAAAUGAAUAAACAACUUAAUAAUUAUGUCACAGUUCAGACAGAACAUGUGUUUAUUAUGUGUUUAGUUCUGCGGGCAUUCCAGGAACUCUGAUUAAGUGAUAAACCCCCUAACAGAGGAAGGAAAACUCGUAGGGUUUUUCUUUUAGGAGCUUUACAGUUUAGCCUUGGUUACAUUCAUUUAGCUAAUGUGUUUAGUGGGUCAGCUGAGUCACCUUGUCCAAGUCACUAAAUCACGUGCUUGGGGAACCCCUCUGAAUCACACCGCCAGGAUUCAAUAAGGUCAUUGGAAUACACAUGUUCAUGCCCAGAUUAGUUAAGAGCCCUCCUCGUCUGUAACAUAAACAAAACAAAUGGAACGGAAAGAAACCACUAAACCUAAUACCCCACACACUAUCCCUACGUGAUGUGAAUUUGUGGUAGCAGGACCUAGUGUGCAUGGACAGAGUGUGUGUAUGUGUCAGCAGAAUGGCAUAGGUCAGCUCCCAGAGAAAGGUCACUUGCCUGCUGGCUUGGUCAGCCUGUCGGCCCAGUGGCCAAGUGCAAACGAUGGCCAGCUCUUUUAGGGUUUGGUUCAAGUUCUUGGUUGCUUGUAUAAAUUCAAAUUGAAGGUGACAAAACAAUGCUACAGGUUUUCCUUCAAGAGAGACACUGUAGCCUUUAUCCCCUACAGAGGCUCUAAACUACUUGUGUUCUCUGAUGUCAGGACAAGUAUACUGCCUUUUACGCAAUUAGCCACAGGUAGAGACAUGGCCGGUGCCCUGUCUGUCAGUCUGUGCUUUCCUUACCAUGUGACCUAUCCUGUCCUAAUGUGACCCAUCCUGUCCUAACAUGUGAGCUAUCCUGUCCUACCAUGUGACCUAUCCUGUCCUAACAAUUGUCUAGAUUUUUUUCUGACAACGGAAACCACAUAUUGGACCUUUGAAUACAAUGGAGUUGAGUUGAACUGUCAAUAGAAUGUAAAUUUGUCCUCUGCCAUGUUGUCACAAACUAAGCUGUGUCAUAUGUAAUGUCAGCUUUCAGUCCUGAAUUUCUCUCAUUUUGUGUGUCUGAACAUAAUUGACCAUGUCUACUUUGAUUAUUUUUCAUAAAUGUUUUGAAUAUGAUAUAAUGCAGCCCCUUUUCCUGCAAUUUAAUCAUAGGCAAAAGGGCUUGUGCAUUUCCUCCAAAAGGGUAUGACAGCUUUCUAAAGAUACGCUGCUAACAACCGUUGCAUUCAAGGGCAAACUAUGAAUGGUCCAACCAGCUACUGAGGAAAUCCAACAAGAGCUUUUAAUAGAAUGUGACACUCACAAUCAACCUGUGCUUGUAAUAAGAGGCAUGUUGUCAUUUGAUUGUUGUUCUUGAGAUUGUUAUUGAGUGUGUACAGUAUGUCCCUGGCUAGUAAUGCUCAUGUGGCUUAUUGCUGAUAAUCAGCUGAUCAAGUGGCUACUGCUGACGGGUGUAACCGACAGCCAUUUCAGCUUAGGCAAAGUAUUUUACAGCCCUUAGAUACAGAUAAUUAAUAAGAACAUUUUAUUGCCAAAAUAAAGUAGCUUUAAAAGCUGCAAAUAGGUUUCUCAAUGGAGAGAUGAGCCAGAGAACUGUGCAGAAAGAAGCACAAUCAGAGAUCUCCUUAAAUGAAUGUUCUCUUCUGUCACUUUUGAGUCCCCCUGGUGCUCAAUUAGGCCCAGAUUUACCAAAUAUGUGUGCCAAGUUUGAGAAGGAGUAACCAUUUAUGUCCAUUUGUUUGUCUUAAAUCUUACACUGUUGCUCCUUCAGACACAGUAUAAAAUGUAGUGGGCUUAAGGAGUAGCCUCAGUACUUGCAUGUAAAUCCUACCCACAAGUUUUAACGAAACUAUCUUAAAGCUAUUCUACAGGUACAGUAUACCCACUUCCAAUGGCAUCAGAUUAAAGGAUUCACAAAUCCUCCCUUACAGCAUCUUAUCUGAACCUGUCACCCCAACCUCCCUGCCGACACCCUAUUCCAUCCCACAUGGCCUACCCCUUGCCUGUACCCCAUUCCAUCCCACACAGCCUACCCCUCACCAGUACCCCAACCUCCCCUGUACCCCAUUCCAUCCCAUCCCAUGACCAGCAUACCCCAAUGGCCUUGUAAAGCUCAGAGUUCAGGUGAGAGCACCUUUGUGCUAGAUGUGAACUGAAUAUGCGACUGGAGUCAUAUUAAACCUUGCUUUUGUGUGUGUGUGUGUGUUAAUGACUGUUCCAUGUGUAUGUUUAUGCUCCCGCGGUUUGUCUGUGGAAGACUGUGCUGGAUCUGAGCCCAAAUUCAAUCCAGUUGGAUUGAUGACUAUCUACUAGUCCACCUGUUCAGUGCAGUUAUCAUUGCAAUUCCCCACAUAAUUUCAGGUGUGACGAUACUUGAUGUAGUCAAGCUUGUGAGACUGGAGCCAGGCCUAGCAGUGUUUCAGGCUAUGUUCAGGUGUGUUUUACUCAUGCAAAGACUCGGGUGUUAAGAGUGUGGUUUGUAAUGUACUGUAAGAGAGGUGGAUAUUAACAAAGUUUCUACUGGAUGCACAUACCCACCCCCACGGUACUCCAGAGACAUGCCAAGAUUAUCAUGAUUUGUCAGUUUGUUUGUUUGCUUGUUUAUUUUUUUAAUAUUCUGAUUUUUUGUCAUAACAUUCCAUUUGUGUAUAAAAUUAUGUACAGAUAUAUGAAAUUAAAAGAGCAAAAUCUUUUGAA